CCGACAAUCAUUACACGCAUCCAAACUCAAUCGCACUUGUUAGUGAGACUUACUGUUUGGUUUAUACCUACGACCUGUCUAUCUCUACAAUUGGUUCAGUUCGUACGGCUUGAUUGAAAAGCACAAUAUGGACGCAGAAACGCGCGCUCACUUCGCCAAAGACCUGCAGGACGUGCACCUCAUCUACGACUACAACAUCAAGCACACGGCCGACGACCAGGACCGUGAGCCCGAGAAAUGGCGCUAUGAAAUGUGGAUUCAGUGCGAGGACCGCAUCGUCUACGCCAUCCACGGCGGCCCCAUGGCUGGCCGCCGCAACUUCCAGACCUGCUCCUACCAGUGCAUCCGUCCGGGCGAGCUGUGGCAGUGCAACUGGCUCGAGGAGACCGGGACCGUCUGUUCCUGGGUCUACGAUAUCCCGCAGAGCCGCAUCACGACUUUGAUUGCGUUCUCCAAGGCAGGCCACUGGACCAACCCCAUCGCCGCCCACGGCGAUAAGCGCAAUGAGGCGGACUUUGCGCGCUGGCGCGACUUGGCCAAGAUCGGUACGCAGACGGACCGCGUCAUGCUGGCCGAGCAGGCAGAUAUCAUCGAGCGGUUUUAUGGGAAGGGUGAGUUGGAGCCUAUUCGGAGGGAGUGGGCGACGCUAUAG